AACCGUUGGUACUUCUCUUGAGUCUUGAAGAAGAAGAGAGAGAGAGAGAGAGAGGAGGAGGAGGAAGAAGAUGGGAUUUUCGGGGAAAGCAAUCGAACUCGCAAGACAAGCUACUAGCCUUGGAGUGCUGGUGUCAUCUGUGCUAAUAAUGUGGAAGUUAUGGACAUUGUUAAGUGGAAGUGAUUCACCGGUCGUAGUUGUGCUUACUGGAAGCAUGGAACCGGGCUUUAAGAGGGGUGACAUAUUGUUCCUACAUCUGAAUAAAUCGCCUAUUCGUUCUGGGGAUAUUGUUGUGUUUAACGUUGAUGGACGGGAUAUUCCAAUUGUUCAUCGUGUAGUUAUGGUCCAUGAACAAAGGGAUACUGGUGAAAUCAACUUUCUCACAAAAGGGGAUAAUAAUCCAUAUGAUGACAGGUAUGGAGGAAUAUAUGCCAAUGGUCAGUUAUGGCUUCAACAACGUGAUGUCAUAGGGAGAAUUAUUGGGUUUCUGCCUUAUGUGGGUUGGGCAACUAUAAUUAUGAUUGAGAAGCCUAUAAUCAAGUAUCUACUAAUUGGAAUUUUAAGUUUGCUGGUCAUUAGCUCGAAAGAGUGAAGUGAAUUGAACUCUGGUUAGUGCCAACUGCAAAUGGAUCAUCUGUAGCUUCUUUAUACUGAAAUCAUGGGCUUGUUGGUUUAAAGUUACGGGAUCUACUUUCCUGUUCAAAUGAGGGAGAUUGAAUUUUCCUUUUUUAAAGUAUGCAUGUCAACAAUUUUAUUCUGAUGUGCUAAUCGUUAGCCCAUGUAAUUUUUCCAACUGACUGAAAUCUGAAAUAUUCAAUGCCAGAAAGCUGUUUAAGCAUACAA